AUGCAUUUGUUGGCGCGGCGGCGAAACGCUUUGGGAGUGCUGCUCGCCUUUAUAACUGUCGUGCUCCCAUGGGUGAUGGCGGAAGCGACGGUUUCCUCGUCCUCGUACGCAGCUCACACUGCGCGUCGGUAUUCCAUGAUGGUGGAGGAGCUGACGGGCAGUCUUGAUGAGGUAGGCACCAGCCCCACACUGGUGUCCAUCGCAGUGGAGAUGUCUUUGACGCUGCCGGCGAAGCCUGGUGCCGCGACGGCGUGGGAAGGCGACACGGAGGCGAGCGACAUCGACGAUGUCGCUGCCGAGCACUUGACCUUUGACGAGGAUUUUGACCCGAUUUGGUACUACGUGCUGCGUCGCCGCGGAUUCGAACGCCUCGACUGGUCCGGCUGCGGCGGCAAGUGGCGGCCGGAGUGGUCUAUACCGAGGGCACGCCAGUGUCGCGACGGCCGCAGCGGCGACACGGCGGCACUGUCAGUGGAGAAGGACAGUACCAGUGCCUUGUUUGCUCGUCUGCGACACUUCCUUUCCCACCACGCUGUGUGCACCUACUCAUCUGUCUCCUUCUGCGGUGCCAGUCGCGAGCGGGAUGCGGCGAGCCAGUUUCAAUGGGCGGCUCAGUUUGUGUCAACGCUGACCUCGUCGCCGCUGAGCUGGACCACCACAACGCCCCGGCACUCGCGACCGAACGGGAUUGUCAUUCAAAACGCCUCGUCACAUGCCAGCGGCAGUGGGGACGCGUACUGGUGCUCGUACCACCUCGUCUAUCACGACACUCUAUGCACCCAGCACGUGAGCCCUCUGCUCAACGGCGGCCGCUCUGGCCGUGGCGUGCAGGAGGGGCUUCCACAAGGCAUCUUCAAGGCCGCGUUCCCAUCCCUCUCCAUGUACUUUAGCGCCCCCUUUCAGCACUUUAGCGUGAGAGCAACGCAGGAGCGUCUCCCUGGGAACGGCACGGCUGCGCAGCCGCCAACUGUGCAGCUGAAAGUCAAGAUUCGCAUGAGCAUGGUGGUGGGUGAGGCGUCAGACUUGGAGGCACUGGGAGAUGUGUGGUCGCGCGAACUACCCGCCUACACGCGGGAUGGCCGCCUCCAGGUACACAUCGGCCCUGGGGGGCUCUCUCAGCAGCUGCGCACAGCGCUAUCAUCCAUGGCGAUAGUUUCAUCCCCCAGGGAAGACCAGGCGAAAACGACGCCUGCCGCUGUGGUGUCGACCUCUGCGAGCCCUUCGUCCCGGGUUGGCUGCUCCCCGGAGGUGCAGUACAAAGUGCACACCCACGGCAAGGAUCACGGCUACCUGACUGUAGAGCUGCAGCCGGCACUAGUUUUGCUUGACCCCCACUCUGGCGUAGAUGUGGAGAAGUGCGAGGAAGCCGACAGUGACAACCAGGAGUCAGCGCUGCUUCAGUCGUUCCUUCUUAGCGAGGGCGACGUGGUACGCACCCUUUUACUCUUUCCUCUGCAUCUUGUGCGCCCUUCUCUGUACAACAUGGAGUCGCUACUUGGCUUAACACGCAUUGUUAGCGUCCACACGGAUGUGGUCUCCAACACGCUAGCGGUUCUCCUCGAGACCACCAUAACACCGGUGCACGUUGCCGCCUACGAGGCUGCGUACGCACAUGCCCGGAAAUGCCACGAGGCAGCCAGCGGUGGCGACGCCGGUGCUCGAGAUUGCCGCGCCGCCGGCGGUGUCUUGCUAGGCCGAUUCCAACUCUUUUUUGGCUGGUCAGCGCUGGGGGAUAUGCCGCCAGACGACAACAGCAACCGACUCGUUCCGCAGCCUGUUGUGGUAAUUCACCGCCCGGGAUCCUCGGUGAAGGUCGACGCUGCGGAGGCUUCCUCCAAGUCGGACUUCUGUCGCGUUCAGCGUCGCCACGCUGCUUUGCUUAGCGCAAUACCCCAGGUCGAUCACGGGGACUCCCUCGCCACCGUCUUCCAGCUGCUCGAUGGCACCCGUGCGUGGCAAGACGGCAAGAGGGGGCCCCUGUCUGCCAUGAUGGGGGCUCUUAAGGAGGGCGACGCAUGUGCUUACUGGGUGCGCUCCACCGUAGCGAGCGGGACGACGAUCCCUGGCCCCGACGGGGCCAUGAUUUUCAAUGUGCCCUCGAUCGGGCUUGUUUUUCUCGCUGUAAUUGCAGGUAUUGUGACGCGGUUGACGAGGCGCUGGACGUGCAAGUCAGAGGAUCUCGCGAAUUUGCUCACGGCGGAAGGUGCCACCACCGCAGUCAGGUGA